AGUACUUGUCUGCACACCUCAACCGUCCUGCACUCCAGCCUCAGCCUGGAACUUGGGUAUCGCGCACACGAAGGGUCUGGCGUACUCCCAUGAGUCGGACGUUGUCCACUCGUAUAUUGCAGUGUUACGCUCGGAGGCCUUCAAGACAAUGGCAGGACCCGUGCAGGCGGUGUCUCGCGACAGCGGCACCCGCUAGCUCAGCCUCGAGUUUGAGGAAUAUGGCUUUGGUCGCUCAUAUUGACUCGGGGAAGACGACACUUACGGAGUCAAUACUAUUGAAGUCCUCGUACCUCAGCCAUGCCGGCUCGGUCGACACUGGAAGCACUACGACGGACUUUCUGCCCGCAGAACGCGAGAGAGGCAUCACGAUCCAAUCUGCAAGCAUUCCUGUGAAGUGGAGAGACUGGACAUUCAACUUGAUCGACACCCGGGCCACGCGGACUUCGGCAUGGAAGUCGAGAGGUGUGGAAGCGCAGACGAAGGGAGUAUGGAGACAAUUGGACAGAUAUGGUGUCCGCUCACGGCUCAUGUUCCUCAACAAGCUGGAUCGUGUCGGAGCAUCAUUCUCCCAGUCAUUCACAUCGCUGCUCACGAACAGGCUGCAUGAGCGCCCGGUCGCACUAGCUCUUCCUAUCGCGUCUUUCGACCCUCAGGACUAUGCACAAGCCGAACCCGGAAUCCAGGGCCUAGUAGACUUGGUGAAGUGGGAGCUGUGGAGAUGGAAUGAAGACGGCGAAUCAACAAGGCUUGCUCUGCCACACAGUAUCGAGGAACUCGAGCAAGGCGCCAUACUGCCCCCUCGCAUCCUCCUGCUCGAGAACAUCUCCAUGUUUUCCGAUGAACUCAUGGAAACACUUCUUGGUCUCCCGUCCGAUCCGUCCGCCUACCUCACUGUGCCUCCAUCCAAGAUCAUGCAGCACCUACGUGCUGCCACCCUGCGAAGCGACAUUCUGCCGGUGCUUUGUGGGUCAGCAUUCAAGCAUAUAGGAACUGAGCUAGUCAUGGACUACAUAGGAGAGUUGUUCCCCAGUCCAGUUGAUGUAGCGGAAGCUGUGCCCUCAGCUAACGCACCGCUCCGUAUGCUUGCCUGGAAGGUCGCUUGGGAUAAGCGUAAGGGUUGGAUGACCUUCGUACGGGUAUACUCAGGAACACUUACGAAGCAGACCGUGAUCCUCAAUGCGACCCGCCAGCAGCGAGAACGUGUAUCGAAGAUACAGCUGCUGUAUGCAUCGCAAGCGGAAGACGUCGACACGUUGUCAUUCGGGCAAGUAGGCGUCAUACUAGGUCUGCGAUACACGCGAACGGCCUCUGAAACAUCAUCCCUGCGUGACAUCGUGCCCCCUCCCCCCGUCAUGUCUGCGUCGAUCAUCCCGCAGUCGCACUCAGACACCGAACCUGUCCAAGAGGCUCUCGCUUCCCUCGCUCGUACCGAUCCCUCCGUCCGUUUCGAGGUCCAGGAAGGACAGAUCCUAGUACACGGCCUGGGCUCGCUUCACCUAGAAAUCAUCGAGAACAGGCUCAGAGACGAGUGGAAAGCCAACUUCGAAGUUGGCAAGCGUAGGGUCAGCUAUCGCGAGAAAACCUGGUCCACCGACAUCUCGAGCAGGACCAUCACGGUGCAAAUGGACUUUGCCGUACGAGAGCUUCAGGACGACGAACAGGGUGAUCCUCUAUGGGACGAUAACGUGGUCAUUGGCCCGGAUGGCAAGCCACUGCGCGCUCCAGACGACGCGCUGGGUCAACUCGACCCGCUCGUGAUCAUCGCCCGUGGCAUCUCAAACACGCUCUCGACUUCCCCGCACACGUCGCUCGCGUUGUCACACCUCCACAUACAGCUCAAGCAGUACCAGUAUCCCAGCGAGCAGGCACCACUAUCGGUCCUUGCAGGCGCGAGCGCGUUCGUGUUGCGGGACUGUAUCGAGAACGCGGGCAUGGGCGACGUGAUGGAGCCGUACAUCCGCCUCAAGAUCACCGUGAACGAGGACGCCAUCGGCAAGGUCGUCAAAGACCUGACCGAGCGCGGCGGGGAGGUGCUCGACCUGGGUAGUGGCUCUGGCAACAUCGCAGACCCCGACGCGGAUGUGGUGCCAUUUUCGGAGGACGGAAUAUACAUCCCGCCAAAGGAGCUUUCCCCCUCAGCGGCGAACUCCAUGGCCCGCGAAGGCACCUCGUCCCAGUACAAACGAUCCGUCUUCGCUGUCGCACCGCUCAGUCAGAUGCUCGACUACUCCAACCGGUUACGUGCGCUCUCUGGAGGUCAUGGCCUCUUCGAGACGGUCAACGCAGGAUUCAGGAAGGUAUCGCAGGCGAGGAAGAUGGAUAUCCUGAGGGAGAUUGGCCGAGCAUGACCUCUGUACAUUGCAUACGAUAACACUACUAUCCCAGUUCCUUUGUUUCAUCUG